AUGUCAUUUCUCCAACUGCGUGACGCAUCCAAAGCCACCUUCAAGAAGGGCGACUUUUACGACCGUGUGCGUACGCGUAUGUUCGAGAUGCAUCCUACACGCGCAUCGCGCAUGCAGACAAUCCGAGCAAGGAACCUCAUGUACUUCUUCGGCGUCAAUUAUAUACUGACAACGCUGUACGUUCUGCUGACCGAGGCCUCGUGGAGUCCACUGUUUGUCGCCAUGGUGGCCCUGUGCAAUCUGUCGUCGUGCGUCCUGUCUGGAUUCGGCCACAACUUUUCGCACGUGGCGAACUCCAAAAUGGGCCUAUUCCUCGAUCUGAACGGGCUGAGUAAUGCCGAAUGGAAUCUGGAGCAUCUGUUGUCGCAUCACAUGCACACUAACUCAGUCCUAGAUCACGACCGAUACUCAAUGAAUCCAUUCAUCACCUGGGGGGAACAGGUUAAGGGGAAGAACCUUCUGGGCACCAUUGUCACCACCGUCACGCUGGCAGUCAUUUUCUUUAUUGGCGAGUCGGUCGUAGCUCUCAACGGUAAUAUUAUCCAUCGCUUCCGCCACAAGUACAUCCUGUCGUUCCCCGGGGGCUUCCUACUACCCUGGAUAUUUCCCGUAAAGCUGGCCAUGUUCUUCCUGUUCCAGGGCUUCUGGGCCGGGCUUGCCAUCAACCUGUCGAGCAUGCUGUCUGUGUCGUUGUACUUCACCAUCCUGGCGCAUUGCACGCAUAUGAGCGAGCCGGCGCUAAGGGCCGGUGGAUUGAACUACGAUGAAUUCGGCCGCGCUUCACACGAAACCAUUAGUAAAGGAUUGGAUUGGGGACUGACGCAGUUGGCCACGGCGAGAGAUAUCAAGAAUGUCGACAUCCCCAUCCUCAAUAAUUUCUUAAGCCACAGAAUAGUGCAACAGAUUAGUUCCGCACUAUUGCUGGGUAUCGACAGGCAAUCGAUGCAUCAUCUGUACCCACCACUGGAUCACUCUAUCAUGCAAGAUGAGGUUCGAGCCAUGGCGUUAGAAGAGAUCAAUGUUGAACGAACCCGAUUACCAAAGAUGGCUCUAAACGGCGCCAGUGAGGCGGAAGUUGAGCGCAUGGCCAAUCUAUUGGACGAGUGUGAGCAGUCGUUAACGCCCAUCCCCUUCCCAGUGUUGUUCCAAAACCUGUACGACGUUGCGCAUGGUAUUACUGUUGAGCAAUUGCUGAACACGAAAAAGGAGGUAUAGAGCGGUCGACGUAUAUCGCCCGGUAGCGAAAUUGUAUUUAGUUACGUGCUGAUAUACAUACGACGCAUGUAUUCGAGUGCAUCUAGCAUUGGUAUCACCACGAGUGAAAGGAUGUGUACAUUUUGGGAUUGAAAAUAAACAAACCUGCCGGUCUGAACCGCUGGAUUCUA